UCUACCACGAAACUUCUGGACUUACAAACUCCCAAGUAUUGUAGUAAUUUGGAGUUGGAUAUAGCAAUACAAGAACUUAGGCUGGCAGGUGUUGAAGUAAAGAACACUGCUGUAGAGAUUCAGCAUCAUACAAAGAAUGAGUUUACACCUCAUUUGCCAUUGGAGCAUGAAAAACCCAAACACAUAAUAUAUCCCAAUUCUACUGAACAGGUUUCCCAGAUAAUGAAAGUGCUACAUAAGUACAGUGUACCAGUAGUUCCCUUCAGUGGAGGCACUUCCCUCGAGGGCCAUUUCUUUUCCACCCGAGAAGGUGUUGUAGUGGAUACAUCUAAGAUGAACCAGAUUCUCCAAGUCAACUAUGACGACUUGGAUGCUGUAGUUCAGGCUGGAGUUAAUUGGCAGGAUUUGAACAAGCACUUGCAGCCAGCAGGUGUGAUGCUUGGAACCGAUUGUGGGCCGAAUGGGUUGAUUUCCGGAAUGAUCAACACGAAUGCCAGUGGAAUCAAUGCGUCACGUUACGGUGCUAUGAUAGCCAAUGUCAUCAGCAUCACUGUAGUGUUAGCAGAUGGAACCGUUGUAAAGACAAAAAAGCGACCACGUAAAUCCAGUGCUGGUUACAAUUUGACAGGGCUCUUUAUUGGAAGUGAGGGAACUCUAGGAAUUGUUACAGAAGCAACCGUAAAGCUACAUGUCAUUCCUAAAUUUGAAACUGUGGUUGUAGCUCAAUUUCCUGAUAUUCUGGCCAGCACAAAAACCGUCUCUGAUUUGUUCAGAGCAGGAAUUCAACCAAAUGCCAUUGAGUUGUUGGAUGCAGAUAUGAUGAAGUGUUUGAAUUACAGUGGAUACUGUACAAGAGAAUGGCUCGAGUGUCCCACGAUCUUCUUCAAGAUCGGAGGAAUCAACAAGCUAGUUGCUGAAGAAUACGUAAAGGAGCUUCGUAGAGUCAGUUACGAGAAUAACUGUAAAGAGUUUAUUUUUGCCGAAAAUGAAGAAGAACAGAACGAACUAUUCGAUGCCAGAAAAAAUGCAUUUUACGCUAUGAUCCAAUAUGGUAGGAACGAAAUUCACGAAGAUGUACGAAUUUGGGUUACUGAUAUCGCUGUUCCGUUGUCGAAAUUAUCGCCUGUAUUGACAGAGAUCCACGAAUUGAUCAAAAACUCUGGUUUCGAGUCUAUUAUUUUAGCCCAUGCUGCUGAUGGGAAUUUCCAUGCCGAUCUAUUCUACAAAGAAGAAGAUAAAGCGAAGUGCGAAGCUGUUAUCAACAAGAUGGUCAAACUUGGUUUAGAAAACGAAGGAACAUGUACCGGUGAACAUGGAGUGGGUAAUGCCAAGCGAAACUUCUUACUUAUGGAAUUGGGCGACGACGCUAUAGAUUUGAUGAGAAGAUUAAAACUUGCAUUGGAUCCCAAGCGAAUCUUGAAUCCUGAUAAGAUUUUUAAAAUUGACCCCGAAGAUAAGGGUCAAUAUUAA